ACUCACUUUUUUUUUAAUUUUGAAUGUUGCUCGGCAGCAUUUAUAUCCACAGCUCGAAAACAAGUAACCAAUAAUCGAAGCAUUAAACUGUCAAAAGCUGUGCAAAUGUCAGCAGGAAUUCCUCGCUGUGCUUUUUUCGCGAUCGUUCUCCGUUUUAAUGUUAUUGAUUGCGUUUCCUCGUCAACAAGUCAACACGGAACAAGCACACCAUCGACUAUUGAAGAUCAGCAAUCACCGACGACGGUAACAAACUCAUUUACUUCCCACGACGACAAUACGACCGCACCCUUAUGGCUGGCUGAAGCUCUCAGAGAUAUCGCUUAUUACUUACGGGCACACAAAUUCAAUGAGUACGACAGGAGAUACGAACCAGAUGCAAAACUGGCGCGCAGGGAGUAUUACAGAAGCUUUCCCAGACCACCUCUCCGUUCUCUACAUUGGGAAGUACACAAGUAUUGUGAUGAAUCUCUUAUUGAAUGUGCAAACUACUUGAGAAAACGAGUGGAAAACACAGGACUGAAACGAAUCGAUGAUACUGCCGCAGUUAUUCAUGAACAACAAUGGAAUGUAAGGAAUAACUCGAAACAAAUAGAAAUUGUGAACCAAGACUGUAUAAAGAUGAAGGAAGCAGACGACAUACAAGCCAAUCCAUUCGAAGGUCCUCUCGAGCGCUUUCAAUGGCGUGUCACGGCAAGUUAUUACCUCUGCUGGUACACGAUGAAGUCCCACCCAUUCCUCGAACAUCUCUCGGACAAAUGCGAUAAUUUCGCCAAUUGUUUGGACCCCGAUUUCGGCCCAAAUAACGAAGAUCAUCGUGCCAACGACGCAAUCCCUUACGCCUGUGCCCUCUACAGCUUUUGCCCGGAUCCCUGCUGUCCCGUCGAGCACCUGACUAGGCCGGAAAACUGCUGGAACAUGCCAGAUAACCCCUGCUUUGAAGCUAAUCCUAUGGGUCAGCGAGAAUGUGUCGUGAAGCGUUCUCAGAAUACGGACUUUAGAGAUAUAAUUUUAAAUAGAUGGAAUGUGAGCUGUUCUUGUCCGAAAAAAGGCUUCCAAUGGAGCUCCUUUUAUGGAAUAUGCAUAGAUAUUGACGAAUGUGUGCUAGGAAACCAUUCUUGUGACCCGAACAACGAGAUGUGCCUUAAUUUACCAGGAAGUUUUCAAUGCGCUUGUAAAUGGGGUCACACCCAUGACGCAAAAACUGGAAAAUGCAAAGCAAGUAAUGCACUUAUCCAUCUUAUUUUACACAAUGAAGAACGUGAGCAAGAGAAAACAAAUGAAACUCUGUGGAGUAAAUUUUUACGUUUAUUCGAGGAAAAGUCCUCAAGCAAGGAAACUUCCAUACUAGAAAAAGUCUUUUAUCGGGCCAACUUGAAAGGAGUCGCAGUAAAAAUAGGACCUUCCGGGUCACAAAUCUUGUUCCCUUACACCAGAACUCCACCUGUACACGGAAUACGUUUUAUUCGCGUCACUGAGGAAAUAAGUGUUGACGUUGGUCAGUGUCAGAAAAACGCCUAUGCAUUCAAUAACGAGAAAACCGACAUGAUCCUUGGUUAUAGACACGUUAUGAAGAAUGACACACAAAGGCUAGGCGUACAGCACAAUUGUAUGCCCGAAGAUAUCCUGACCGUGUGGCCCCAACAAGAGAAAACGGAACCAGACUGCGAAUAG